GCGUGCCGUUAGGAUAGAGCGGCACGCGGGGGAUUGUGGGUAUGGGUCCCAUGCAAGAGAUCGGAAGCAGUUGGUGAGGUGUUGUGCUGUUUUCCGAGGUGGUCUGCCUCGGGUUUGUGAGAAGCGCGGCCCCUGGUUUUCUGGCCUCUUUGUUCCUGCUUCGUCAGUUCUCUUCGAGAGUUUUCGGCCAACUUCCACGAACGGAUUAGGAGGUGGGAAGUACUUGGUUUCUCGGAAUAGUUCUCCAGUAAAACUUUAAAAAUGUCAUCCAAACAAGAAAUAAUGAAUGACCAGCGAUUUAGAAAGAUUUCAAAGGACCCCAGAUUUUGGGAAAUGCCAGAAAAGGACAGAAAAGUCAAAAUUGACAAGCGAUUUCGAGCUAUGUUUCAUGACAAAAAGUUUAAGUUGAACUAUGCUGUUGAUAAAAGAGGACGCCCUAUCAACCACAGCACUACAGAAGACUUGAAACGCUUCUAUGACCUUUCUGAUUCUGAUUCUGAUCUCUCUGAAGAAGAUAGUAAAGUCCUAAACCAAGAGAAGAUAAAGCAGGAAAAAAACCAGACCAAAAAAGAAGUAAAGUCAAAAACCUUUUCUGCGGAGAAAAAGAAAGAAACCAAGAAAAUUGAUCAGAAGGAUUCUAAAAAUAAAGAUGAUUUAGCUAGUUCUGAAAGAAUUCAGAAAAUGAAAAACUCAUAUCCAUCUAAAAAGAUAGAUUCAAAAAUAAGUGUCAAGAAGCACAAUGAUGAAUUUAUGAAAGAAAAUACACAAAAGAAAAAAAACAUCGGUGGCCAUACUGCAGACUCUUUUCCCAAAGAAAAACUAACAACCGUAGACUUCAGCACCUCUGAAAUUGUGGAAUCUUCAACAGUCGGUUGUUCUAAGACAAGAAGAGAAAAGCAAUCAGUGGUUCCUUUCAUAAUGACAGGAGAAACCGUUGGUAAAAUGUUUGACAAAGAUUCUCUGGAAGAAGAUUCAGACCGUGCUAGUGAAAUGGGAAGUGAUGAGGAAUCUGAUGAAGUCUCAGGUGAUGAUAAAACUUCAGCUGAUGAUGAUGGCAAUGAAGAUGAGGAAGAGGAAGAUAGUGAGGAUGAUGAUGAAAGUGAUAGUGGCCCUGAUCUUGCAAGGGGUAAAGGAAAUAUAGAAACUAGCUCUGAAGAUGAAGAUGAUUUGGCAGAUUUGUUUCCAGAAGAACCUGGUUUUGAACAUGCUUGGAGAGAAUUAGAUAAAGAUGCUCCUCGGGCUGAUGAGAUUACACGUCGACUAGCUGUUUGCAACAUGGACUGGGAUAGAUUAAAGGCAAAAGAUUUACUGGCUCUGUUCAAUUCAUUUAAGCCCAAAGGAGGCGUUAUAUUUUCUGUAAAGGACCUCUAGAGAGAAGUUGAGAGAUUAUCAGUUCAAACGAUUGAAGUACUACUAUGCAGUAGUAGACUGUGAUUCUCCUGAAACUGCAAGUAAAAUUUAUGAAGAUUGCGAUGGCCUGGAAUUUGAAAGUAGUUGUUCUUUCAUAGAUCUGAG